AUGCCUCCCUCUCCAGGUCCCCCCACGACAUACUCGACUAUCGCAGUCCCAGAGUCAGCCAUGGUGUUCAUCGCAUCGCAUGCUGCGAGGCUGCCAGCCCUUGCGGCUGUCUGUGCCCUCCCUUCCACUGACAUCACCGUGCCCCUCAGCGAGGGUGUCUUUGGCGACAUCGGUCGGCUCCUCCGCCUCAUCGACGCGUCUCCUCUCCAAGAGGAUGAGAGUGUCGUGGUUUGGGCACAGACCGUUCAACACCAUCACCUGCACCACGCGUUGCCCACUCCUCGCCUCACGCCUCAGCCUCCGGAGCACCAUGGCGGCAGUGUCACCACCACCGGUCAUCCAUCCCAAGCCUUGGAGCAGAUCCUUACUGCUAUUCAAACAGACAUUCAGACAAUCAAGACCUCGGUCGCGUCUGGCGGUGAGGACCAGAAGGCCAUGAAAAGCGAUCUCGCCGAGAUCAAGCGGGACGUGGCCGGGAUGAAGACCGACAUCAAUGCGCUCAAGGUAGGCGUUGCCGCGCUCAACGCGCAGUCAACCACCGCAGUCAUCCCAAGGUCGCUGGAGGAACAGAGAGCGUGGAAUUUAGUUCGUGCGGCAACAAAAAAGGAGCUCGUACCCCUCACCGUUCCCCAUAUCGAAGGGGUAGUUGACCGCGUGCCGCCACCUAAGCGACUGAUUACCCUUGCCGACAUUGACAAGGCGAAGCGUGUGUCGAUUGACGCUGAACUCAACUAUCUCGGUAUCGACGCUCCGGGUGGUGUUACUCUUGAGCAGGCCCGCCUUCGUUUGAAACAGGCAGUCGGCUUCGUCACCGUCACCAUCACGGAGAACACCCGGACGACAAUGGCCUAG